AAAAGUGAAUUUCAUAUUUUUGAACUCAGUCAAACAUGCCCUAGAUAAUCCUAUCUCCCAAACGGAUAAGGCCCUCCUCCGAUUCGUAAAUUCCACCCUCACUCUCACAAUUCUCAGUCAUGAGCUCCGCUGUUCUUCCACAGGCUUUGUUAAGUAUACCCAAAACUCCCACGCAAUGCACACUGCCACAGACAAAGCUGGCUUUUUCAGCGGUGGUGGCUCCGCGCCUCUCAUCCUUAGCUUUCUUUUCCCGAUGUUCUCCGAGUUGUGUUAGCUCGGGCCCUCCAAAAUGGGGGAAAAAUAGGUCUGUAGUUGUGUGGGCUGAAGCGAAUGCAGAGGCAGAGGCAGAGGCCGAAGUGGAAGAAAGCACUGAGAAUGAUGAAGCUGUUGAGUCUGAAGAAGCUGAGAUUGAGUCCGAGGAGAUUGAGUCCGAGGAGAAGACACCCAGACCGCCAAGAAUUAAGCUUGGGGAUAUUAUGGGGAUAUUGAAUAAGAAAGCAAUUGAAGCAUCAGACAAGGAAAGGCCUACUCCUGAUCUUCGGACGGGGGAUAUUGUGGAGAUCAAACUGGAAGUUCCUGAAAAUAGGCGUAGGUUAUCCGUGUAUAAAGGAAUAGUUAUAUCAAAGCAAAAUGCUGGCAUCCACACAACAAUACGGAUUCGACGGAUUAUUGCAGGUGUUGGAGUUGAGAUUGUGUUCCCUGUAUAUUCACCAAACAUCAAAGAGAUUAAAGUUAUCAAACACCGGAAAGUCAGGAGAGCAAGACUGUACUAUUUGCGAGACAAGCUUCCCAGGCUCUCCACUUUCAAAUGAUGGACCACUCUUUGUAGAAAUCUUAGAUUUGUAUUUUCUGGGAAUUCUACUUUAUUAUAAAGUUAGAACUAUAUGCGCCACUAUUUUUGUGAUUGGUUAGAUUUGAUAGUAUAAAUCAUUCCUUGCCAAAGCUUUUCUAAUGUUAAAAAAAAAAGGGUUUAUUGUUUCUGCUAACUAUUUUUAUGUUCAUUACGUGAUUUCAGUUAA